AUGCAUUCGGCUAGGAAUUGUAUGCCAACAGCAGCUGGAGCAUUUGAAUAUCAAGUGGGAGAGUACUUACAUGAUCAACAUGUGGUAAAUAUAGCAUUGAAGACAUGCUCUUGUAUGAGAUGGGAUCUUAAUGGUAUCCCUUGCAUUCAUGCCGUUGCUGCCAUAUAUCUUUAUAGGGGUUGUCCAGAAGAUUAUGUAGCUUCAUGCUAUCUUAAGGACACUUAUUUGAAGGCUUAUGAGCCAAUGAUUCAUCCAGUGAAGGGCUUUAACAUGUGGCCAAAGUCAAAUCAAAUACAACUCUUACCUCCAAUUGUUAGAAAACAACCGGGGAGACCAAAAAGGAGUAGGAAAAAGGACCCUGAAAUGGAGAAGGUUGUUGAUACCAGUGGUACUAAACUCAAGAGAAAAGGCACUGUCACAUGUACCAAGUGUUGGAAAAAAGGCCACAACAAAAGGAAUUGCUCUAAUCAGCCCCAAGACCCUCCACCUGGAACCUAUAUUGAUAAAAGAUGGGGACUUCCAGCUUCUUUGAAGAAAAGGAGAAGUAAUGGUGCUACAGAUGUGGCCUCCUUUUCUCCUAUGCCAACUCAAGAGAAUGUGCACACCACUCUGAUGCAAAGACAAAAGCUUCCUAUUAGGAAGGGUUAUGUAAAUGCUCCAAAUGCACCAAGGCCAACUCCUCUUGUGCCCACUUCAAGACCAACUCCUCUUAUGCCCACUCCAAGACCAACUCCUCUAUUUAUACCCACUCCAAGGCCUAUUCCUAAUAUGCAAAUUGGAAAUUUAAGCUCUGUGAAUCAAAGACAAAUUGGAGGUGCAAGAUCAAUGAAUACAAGACCAACUCUUAAUAUGCAAAUAGGAGGUGCAAGUUCUGUGAAUCCAAGGCAUAUGGGAGUUAGCAUUAGGCCUCCACUAUCAAGGCAAAUGGGAGGUUCAAGUGCCCGAUGGAACCCACCAGGAAAAGCAACGAACAAGAAAAAUUCCAAGUGA